CCAAGUGAUAUUAACACAAAACUAAGAUCCUAUUUUGAGUCCACACCUUACGCCUUCUCUCUCUCAUUAACACUAACACAAAAACAACACAAUUCAUUCAUUCUUACCACCACCGCCACCUUCCCUCUCUCAAACCCCCAUUUUCCUUAUCUUACCCACAAUGUCCGACGAAGAAACUCCCACCUCCACCACCACCCCCACCACCCCCUCUGUCACCUUCAUCCCAAACACCUCCGAAAAAAUCCAAUCCGCCGUCCAAUCUCUCUCCUCCAUCGUCAACCCCUCCCUCACCAUCACCCCCUCCACCACCCCUCUCUCCAUCCUCAACGAACCCGAAAUCUACUCCCAAAUCGCCACCCUCCUCCGUAACCCCAACUCCGGCUCCGGCGACAACAAUCUCUGCCGUUGGCUCUACGAUACUUUCCAAUCCAACGUCCCCGAUCUCCAACUCAACGUCCUCCGCUUCCUCCCUAUCAUCGCCGGCGUUUACCUCUCCCGCGUCGCCGAUAGAAAACCGCAAGCCGGUUUCGAAGCCGUUCUCUUAGCUCUCUAUGCCUACGAAACAACCUCACGUGCAGGUGAAUCUGUUACCGUUACCAUCCCCGACAUGUCUCACCCUAGCGUAUAUCAUGAAUCAAAAUCAACUAUAAAUAAAAACAAUGCAACUGAUCUAAACGUCGCUGUUUUAUCCCCGUCGCUUGAGCCACACGGCACUGUCCGAUCCACGCGAAGAGCUCGAAUCGUCGGUGUUGCACUCGAGUUAUUCUACAGCAAGAUCUCUCAUUUCACAAUCGCGUCGAAGAUUGAUUUUUGUAAAUUUUGUAAAAUAUGGGCCGGUGAAGAUGGUGACAUGUAUAAGGAUUUCGAAGACGAUGAUCUUGAAGAUGAUGCUAAUGAUGAUGAUGAUGAUGAAAGGGAAGAUGUUGAAGUUGUUGGAGAAGAGAAGAGAGAGAAAGUUGGUGUUAAUAAGAGGGGUAGGGUUUCAAUGCCAUGGGAGUUGUUGCAACCGGUGUUAAGAAUAUUGGGACAUUGUUUGUUGGGUCCUGAUAACAAGGAUACGAUGUUGUUUGAAGCAGCAAGUGAAGCAUGUAGGUGUUUGUUUGCUAGGGCAAUGCAUGAUGUGAAUCCAAAAGCUAUUUUGCCUAUGAGGAGCUUGUUGAGGCUUUCUAAGAAUGUUGUUGUUGAUGAUUUUGAUCCAACUGAACCACCUAAGACUGAUGUUAUUAGUCUUUAGAUCAGGGUGUUCUCACUUUUUUUUCUCUUUGUAAUAACAUUUAUAAUCUUGACAUUUCUCAAUUUUCACUGCCAAUAAUAUGGUAAAAAUUUCCAAGGAUCCAUUUUAUAGAAAUAGU